UGUCUGGCCUAUCUCCGAUUUCAUGGAGUUGACUAGCCAUGACAUAAUCAUGGAAUUUUCUGCAUCCCAAACGGCAAUGCUGGAUCAUCUUCCUUUGGGGCCUUCUUUGCACCAGUUAAAUAACCAAUCUUCCCCCGCCCUCGGACGAACAGCUUUAUGGAUUGAGACCACCGUAGAAAAUUCUGUCCAUUCAGCCGAUGAGUGGUAAUUUGGAGGAUUGGGUUGUCACCUGAACCGGAUGAAGUGAUCUGGGAUUUCCGAGCAUUUGAAGAAUCGACCGAAACUUCCUCAGUGGAGAUUCCAGACAUCGCGGAUUUAACCGAAGAAAUUGUCCAGAAACGACGAAGAGAAAUAGAAGAAAGUUUUCUAUAAUUCUGGUAUAAACGACCAGAAUUAACGAUGAAUAUUUGCUGAUUUUAUCGGAUAAUCAGCAGAACAAUGGAGUAAUUUACCAUCCUAGUGAGGGCGGCUCUGAUACCAUGAACAUAAAGGAAGGUUUUCUAGGUGGAGAUUGUGUUGAUACGAGACUUUCUGAACUUUGUUGUAUAGCAAAUUAGGUGGCCGAAUGGAUGAUGGGGGGCAACGUGAAAAUGGGAGACAGAGAGUGGAUUACUAUAAAGGUGUACAAAUUCCGUGGAAUAUGAUGCCCCAGUACCAGUUGAAUGAUCAGAAUGCCUUCAAUAUGCAUAAGAGGAUCGUGAACAUCAUUAAGGAGAGGAGUGUUGCUAUUGAAGAACGGGAUAGGGCACUAUCUGAAAGAAAUGCAGCCUUUGAUGAGCGAGAUAUGGCAUUCCAACAGCGAGAUACAGCAAUUGUUGAGCGAGAUAAUGCCCUUAGGGAACGAGACAACGCCAUUGCUGCCCUUCAAUUCCAUGAAACCACCAUGAAAAGCACAUUGAGUUGUGGAAUUCAACGUGGAACGAAGCGCGUGCACCGCCCCAUCAACCAUCCUACCAGUGUUGCUGAAGCUGCUUACAACACAAGGGAAGGACACAUAACUGAUGCCUUCCCAGUAUCAGCCAUUUCAUCUGAAGUUGUUAAGUCACGGCAGCCAAAACGGGAAACGGAAAGCAAGGUUGUUUCACCUACAACAUCGAAAUCACCAAAGAAGCGAAAGAAAAUAGGUGAGGAUUUGAAUAGGCGUGUCACUACUCAUGGGUCAAAGGCUGAGUGGGAUUCUCAGGAUUUUGACUUGAUGAACCAGGUUAAUUUUGAUGACUCUACCAUGCCAGUGCCUUUCUGCUCAUGCACCGGAGAACGUCGGCAGUGUUACAAAUGGGGGAAUGGGGGCUGGCAGUCAUCUUGUUGCACCACAACCCUAUCAGUAUAUCCACUGCCACAGAUGCCGAACAAGCGCCAUGCACGAAUGGGUGGCCGGAAGAUGAGUGGUAGUGUUUUUACCAGAUUGCUGAAUCAAUUGGCAGCAGAUGGUCAUGAUGUGUCAGUGCCCCUGGAUCUCAAGAACUACUGGGCCAAACAUGGUACUAAUCGCUACAUUACUAUAAAGUAAUUUAUCGACAAUCCUCAAAGAAUGGAAUGUAGUUUCUUUUUUAUGCCUAUAUUUCUAACCUAACCAAAAUGUUUCUGAAGUGGACGAAAAGGGUAGAUAGAGCUUCGAGUAUCGGAGUAGUUUCCAAGCUCUUCUAUUUGAAAUUAAACUUUGUGAUUUUUGUAACCCUUUUCCCCAAAAAGAAGGGGAAUUUUUGUUAAUUGUUGGGAAGUUGAACAAAAUAUAUUGCAGUAUAAGUGGCUUGCUUGUUUUGCUGUAAAAAAUUUAUUUUUAGAUGGCAAAUUUUAUGUUUGAGUCAGCAGCGGGUAAAAAAAACUAA